GCCAUCUUCGUGGUGCUCGCCCAGAAACCACCCGCUGAAACAGCUCCAGCAGCUUGCGAGCGAUGGCGCUGACCCGUGGGUUCAUCUUCCUCUUCCCCGUCGCCGUCCUGGCCGGACUCGCCUUCGCCUCCGCGUCGCCCUUAAUGUCUGACAGUGUAUUGCAGGCCAGCACCGGAUCUACAGGGAGGAGCUUGCUGCAGACCAAUAAUGGCUGCCCUAUGAGCUUUGAGUCCCAGAACUAUACAAUCAUCACAAGCAGGUGCAAAGCGCCACAGUAUCCUCCUAAAGAAUGCUGUGAUGCUUUCAAGGAAUUUGCAUGCCCAUUUGCCGUCUACAUCAACAACCAGAGCACUAACUGUGCAGACGCUAUGUUUUCCUACAUCAACUUGCAUGGCUCGUACCCAGCAGGCCUAUUCGGCACCGAGUGCGUCAAAGGCAAGGAAGGGGUUUCCUGCGAAGGCGUCCCGGGGAAACACGCCGGCGUGCCAAGUGGCGCGCGGCGAGUUCAAGGGAGUUCCCGUUCUUUGGUUCCUAUCUUGUGUGGGCUAGGAGCAUUGUUGUUCCAUUGAGUGGUGAUAACUUGCACUUCUUCGAAGAUCGCAUGUUGUCAGCUGCAAGUUGUAAGUAGUAAGAUUUAGAAUCAAUUUGGUUCUCCUUGGCGUUCUCUUAAUGUGGUGACUGGACAUUUGGCUUUACUAUGAGAUAUCUCUCCAGAAACCACUUGAUAUAGUUGACUAAUAACACCUCUUAUAUUGAUAUCAUGUGGCCAUUUGUUGCAGAACUACAUGACAUCCUGAGAUUCAACAUUAUAUGAUCACAUCCUGCUAGUGGCAGAGUGAAGACCCAAAUUAUA